UCUCUCUGCAGUUAAAGAUCAGUUCAUUUGAUUUUCGGUGAAGAUCUGAACCAAGGAAGAAGAAGAAGAAGAAGAAGAAAAUGGCUACAAUGAGAGUACCAAACGUGGUUCCUACUCCAACCCAAGACAGUGAGAGACUCAAAAAAGCUUUCGAAGGAUGGGGAACAGAUGAGGAUGGAGUGAUAUGGAUUUUGGGUCACAGAAAUGCAAGCCAACGCAAGAAGAUCAGAGAAACAUAUCAACAGCUCUAUAAUGAAUCCCUCAUUGAUCGUCUCCAUUCUGAGCUCUCUGGUGAUUUCAGGAAAGCAAUCAUCUUGUGGACAUCUGAUCCUCCAGAAAGGGAUGCGAAGUUGGCCAAUGAAGCCUUAAAGGAAAAGAAGAAGGGAAUUCAUAAUCUCCAAGUGAUCAUAGAGAUUUCAUGCACAUCAUCCCCAAAUCAUCUGAUGGCUGUGAGACAAGCCUAUUGUUCCUCCUUCGAUUGCUCCCUCGAAGAACACAUCACAUCCACUGUGACCCUACUUCCCCUCAGAAAGCUUCUUUUGGGGCUAGUGAGUUCCUACAGGUAUGACAGAGAAUUAGUGGAUGCAAAUAUUGCAGAUUCAGAGGCUUCUGUGCUUCAUGAUGCCAUCGAAAAGAAGCAGUUGGAUCAUGAUGAUGUGAUAUGGAUACUUAGUACCAGGAAUACAUUUCAACUCAAAGCAACAUUUGAGUGUUACAAACAAAAAUAUGGGAAUUCCAUAGACCAGGACAUAAAAAGCAGUGGCACCAGUGAUUUGAUAUCCAUCUUAAGAAUGGUAAUUUGCUGCAUAGAUACCCCUGAGAAACACUUUGCAGAGGUUGUAAGAAAUUCAGUUGAUGGGCUCGGAACACAUGAGGGUUCACUAACUAGAGCCGUUGUGACUCGUGCUGAAAUCGAUAUGAUGAAGAUCAGAGGAGAGUACUUCAACAUGUACAAAACUAGCCUCGACAAUGCAGUCAUCGACGAUACAUCUGGAGACUACAAAAAUUUCUUAGUCACUUUGCUUGGAGGAAGACUCUGAUGCUCACUUGUGGUUUGUAACCUUGGUCACCGGCUAGCAAUUUUUCAGUGAUUGCUUGUA